GCAGCCGGCCAGACCGCAGCACCAGCCAGCCCGGCGGCCACCGCAGCCCUUCUGGUGGCCCCCGCUGCAUCCCCAGAGCCGGAGAUCAGCGGCCGCCUCGCAGGCAGCAUGUCAGCCCCGCCGGACCCGCAGGAGCUGCUGCUGGCGGGCACUGGGGCGCACUGGGCUGCGGACGGGGCGGAGAUGCGGGAUGGAGAUGGGGCUCAGCAGCGGGAGCAGCUGGGGUUCGGCUCCGCCAGGGAACACCCGCCCGUUACCAUGGCGACUGCAUCCCCAGGUGUCACAGGCUCCUCACAUCUCUUUGACUUCGGCUCCACCGCCAAUGGAGGGGACAACUCCUUCUACACCUCUCUGAUCUCUGAUGUCCACUACACCACCCCACGGGACUCCACCUAUUUCACAGGCAUCUAUCAGCAGGAAAACACCCCCAUUCCCUGCUCAGGCAGCACAGAGGGGUUUAAUGCUCUGGGGCAUCCUGUUCAAGACGUGACUGGGUUUGAGUCCCGUGGCUUGUUCAGCUCAGACUCGGGAAUAGAGAUGACUCCUGCCGAGUCUACUGAAGUCGACAAAACCUUAGCAGAUCCCAUGAAAGUAGAAGCUUACAAAUACAUGGACAUGAGUAGAUCAGAAGAAAUAAAGUACCAAGGAAAAUAUGACUCUGACUCAGAAGAUGAGAGCCCAGGCCUUAGCGACAAGUACCGGGGAGCACCCGCAUGGUCCAGCCACGCCGCCGAACCUCCGCGGACGCCCUCGGAGAGCACGAAGGCAGCCAAGGAGCAAGACCUGCUGGAAGACAGAAGGUCUGGGGCUCAGCACAGUCCCUCUGUGGCUACAAGCCCUGUCAAGAUCACACUCACCGAGACAGACAGCACCAAGGAAGCUGCCAGCAAAGAGCCGAGCCCGACUCAGCCGGACGGCGGCCUGAAGCCGAGCCGUGAGGUGGUGCCGACGGUGACGGUGUCGGAGCCGGAGGAUGACAGCCCCGGAUCUGUCACACCACCCUCCUCUGGCACAGAACCAUCCGGCUCAGAGUCUCAGGGCAAAGGCAGCCUGUCGGAGGACGAGCUCAUCAGUGCCAUCAAGGAAGCCAAGAGCUUUUCCUUCGAGCCCGCGGAUGCCCAGCGGUCGCCAGCCCCCGCCGCGGAGAAGCGGGAGCAGCGGAGCAAGCCCGGCCGCCCUCCCGCAUCCCCGCACGGCGACCACGAGGCCAGCAGCGCCGAGUCCGGCGACUCGGAGAUCGAGCUGGUCUCGGAGGACCCGCUGGCCGCCGAGGAGGUGCUGCACUCCAACUACAUGACCUUCAGCCACAUCGGGGGGCCGCCUCCGUCGCCCGCCUCGCCCUCCAUCCAGUACAGCAUCCUGCGGGAGGAGCGGGAGGCAGAGCUCGACAGCGAGCUCAUCAUCGAGUCCUGCGACGCCUCGUCGGCCUCGGAGGAGAGCCCCAAGAGGGAGCAGGACUCGCCGCUGAUGAAGCCCAAGGUCAUGGACAUCAUCAAGGAGGAGAACAACUCGCGCACCGACGCCUCGGACUACGAGGCCGGUAAAAUGACAGAGAGCAGGAUGAACAGGGAGAACCUGGCAGAGUCCUCGUCCUACCUGAAAAGCUCCUUUGUUGCACCAAAAACAGGCGCCGAGCCCCCGACCUCUGCCGUCAGCACCGAGGAGCUGAAGGAAAGAGUAAAACUGAAGAAACCCGUUGAAGAAACUGUUGUUAACCAAAGUAAAGUGUCUUCCAAGGACUUUGGCAAAAAAAGUCCUUUGGCUUCGUUCCUACUGCCGUUUUUAAAUAAGCAGAAAGCUAUCGACCUGUUGUACUGGCGUGACAUCAAGCAGACAGGGAUCGUGUUCGGCAGCCUGCUGCUGCUGCUCUUCUCCCUGACCCAGUUCAGCGUGGUCAGCGUGGUGGCUUACCUGGCCCUGGCCGGCCUCUCGGCCACCAUCAGCUUCAGAAUCUACAAAUCAGUCCUACAGGCUGUGCAGAAGACGGACGAGGGCCACCCCUUCAAAGCCUACUUGGAGAUGGAGAUGAAUCUUUCACAGGACCAGAUCCAGAAAUACACAGAUUGUCUCCAGCUAUACGUCAACAGCACAGUCAAAGAGCUGAGGAGACUCUUUCUCGUUCAGGACCUCGUGGAUUCUUUAAAAUUUGCAGUACUAAUGUGGCUGCUGACUUACGUGGGAGCCCUCUUCAAUGGCCUGACUCUUCUGAUAAUGGCUGUGGUGUCUAUGUUUACUCUCCCUGUUGUAUAUGACAAGUACCAGGCACAGAUUGAUCAAUACUUGGGGCUGGUGCGGACCCACAUAAACACGGUGGUGGCAAAGAUUCAAGCUAAAAUCCCAGGUGCUAAGAGAAAGGCAGAGUAAAGAAGACAUCAAGAAUUCUUUGACUACAGUAGUGCAUAAUGGGGAAAUCUGGAGUGAAAACAGCUCUGUUCUUACACUUUACUGCAAAUUUAUCAUUCUUUUUUUUUUCUCAACACCAUAAUCUUAGAAACAUAAAACUGAGAAGCAGUGCUUUUCCCCUGCUGCUUCUGCACUUAGAAUAUUUGCAAUCACUUGUGUCAAGCACUAAAGUAUAGUAAAGAGAAAAGUGUACUAGAUGUGGUUUUUUGUGUUGCUUAUAAAGUGCAUGAUGGUGAGAGCCUAAAUAAUAUUGACCUCUUUAUUUAAUUUUUUUUUUAGUGUUUUUCCUUCUUCUAUUGGCAUUGCUUCUAUAACUUUUAAUGUUACAUGUGGCUAGGGGCUUUCCUGCUUAGCGCACUUGAUGCAAUAGUUAAAAUUGCUUCUACGUCACUGGGUUGCUGGUUGGAUUCAUCUUUAUUAACUAUAUAGAAUUGUAGACUGAUGUUUUAGUGUUUUCCAGCACAAAUAAAAUAAACAGUAAUCGGUACUUAUGGUAAUCAGUUUUGUAUAACUCAAAAAAAAAAAAAAAAAAAAAA